UCCAUCCAGAAGAGACGGGAGACGGAGCGAGAAAGAGAGAGAGAGGUAGGAGGGCGAGGAAGGGACAUUUAAAACCCACCUUAAAACCUGCCUGACACGAAGGACAACGCCACACAAACACAGAUACAAAUAGCAAAAGGACUUUAGGGAAGAACUGAGACAUUCGACCUUUUUUCUUCUGCCAGGCUACUUUUCCUGGCAUAUCGCGAGAACACUCCGUCGAUUUUUAGCAGGUGAUCAUCUUGGAUUAUUUUUUUUCUGAUCAACGAUGAAUUCUGAAGGUGGCUCAGCUUGCCGAGACAUGGCCCAAGAGACCAACCAGAGCCCGGUGCCCAUACUUUGUGCCACAGGCUGUGGUUUCUAUGGCAACCCGAGAACCAAUGGCAUGUGCUCCGUCUGCUAUAAGGAUCACCUGACACGGCAGCAGAGCAGCGACCGCAUGAGCCCCCACAGCCCUAUGGGUUCAGCAGGUAGUCCUACUCUAGAGGCCUCAGCCAUCCAGAGACUAGAAGCCAGUCUAGCCAAGGUUGAUGCCUCCCCUGUGUCUUCGCCAGACAUGUCUAGAACUGUUCAAGGAUCUCUUCCUGUUACUCAACAAAUGACAGAGAUGAGUAUCUCGAGAGAGGACAAGCCAGAACCCCUAGAGCCUGUUGUAAACCAGCCUGCUGCUUCUAGUCCUUCUCCUGUAGCUUCUUCCAGCAGUGAAGAGGGCAAGGGGGACACCCCCAAACCCAAGAAGAAUAGGUGCUUCAUGUGCCGCAAAAGGGUGGGCCUUACAGGGUUUGACUGUCGCUGUGGCAACCUGUUCUGUGGCAUCCACCGGUACUCUGACAAGCACAACUGUCCCUAUGAUUACAAGGCCGAGGCCGCCGCCAAGAUCCGUAAAGAGAACCCCGUGGUGGUGGCCGACAAGAUCCAGAGAAUAUAGAUUUUACAAAUUUAACAGCAACGGCGGCAACAACGACCUUUGACAAAGACUGGAGAAUGAGUGAAAGGAGCACUGGCAUGAGUUGCUAAGUGAAGAUUGAACGGACUUGAUUUACAAAAUAACAACAUCAAGAACAUCUUGGAGAAAAAAGACGAGAAAAAAAGAAAUGAUCCUGUCUGAGGGAGAUGCAUGAAUGAUCACUUUUCUCCUUUUUUGAUUAAUUCAUUAGUUUUGUUUUAUCCUAUUUUCUGUGGUGUGGCUUUGCCGCUGUUAAGUCCUAUAUUUUUUUCUUUUUAGAAUAUGUAUUGUCUUAUAAAGAGCAGCCCAGGCUAACUGUCCAGGAUAGACUGUGCUCCUCUCACCCAAACCAGGCGCCAUUUUGUGCCAAACCGUAGACAGCCAUUUUACUGAGACCCUGUCAUGUGUCAGACACUAACAGGCUCUUCAAAGCAUCCAGAUUUCACAGUUAUAUUUCCCUCAACCUUUGAACUUCUUGUCCUGUGCUCCGUUGGUACUGGAGUCAGUCAGCGUUUGGAGAAGCUUACAACCCCCCACCAUGCACAAGGGGCUUUGUUACCUGUCUGUCUUUCCUGGCUUUACCUACCUCACAGCUGCUGUGUUAAGCUUUGUUGUCUUCCCUCUUACUUUGUUUUCAUGAGCUCUAACCCCAGCAGAACAAUGGAUCAUCUUGAUAGUCUGCCUCAGUGACCCUCUGAUCAGCAUGUCUGUGUUGACUUCAAUCGGUUUGAUUGUGACGAGGCUGUUGUCCAUUAUGGCUGGAGGUAUCACGCUAGACAGGAACAAACAAAUUACUCCACGUUUUACUGAAUCUGAACAUUUUCAAUGGACAUAAUGUGUAAAGAAGUUCCCCAUCUGACGCCUGGUGCAGGGCUGUGUGGCCUGACGGGAAGGAUGGCACCCUUCCUCUGUCAGAUUAGUCGGUGAAUUUAAGGAACAAUAUUGUUGGGCGUGAAUGAAUGGGAUAAAUGCAUGAGUUACUCUUCAUCUGCAUAAGUGUUUCUGACAUAUUUGGCAUCACCCAACUUAGGGUUUCAGACAUUUUAUUUGCUGAGAGACAAUUAUUCAUUAUAUUUUAUUAGUUUUUUUUUUCUCUCUUCCAUUGAUAUUGUACUGAUGUUAGCGCAUGUAUUCAGUGCAUUUGUGGAAUUAGGGUAUGUGAACCAUGAUUUUUUUUUUUUUUUAUGCGCUAACAGAACAUUUAUGUGAGCACAGUGAGUGUGUGUGUGUGUGUCCCACCCUUUUGUCUGUGGAGCUACCCGGUUUAUCAGCACAUGUUUACAGAACUACAGGAGCAUGCAAGAGCUAGAUUUAUGAAAAAUAAUAGAUACCAAGAUUAGAUGCAACUUCUCAUCCGUCUAACAGCUAUUGAUCAGUGUGUCCGCUUUAGAGCACCGUAGAAAAGUGUGAGUGUGUGUAUUUGUGCGCGUGCAUGUGAAUAUUCCUGUGCAAAGGUGUGUUUUCAUGGCUGACUGACACAUUGACCCCACGUAUGUUUGUGACUUGUGUUAACCCCCCCCCCCCCCCCCACACCUUUUUUAUUUUCUCCCCCUGUAAGGAUGUUUUUCAUUUAAAACACAAAUGUAUGUAUCCGUUUUGAGUUUUUCCCUUUCUGAUUCUUAGUUAUAUGCAAAUUUGUACAAAAUAUGAAAAAACAACAAACUGUGUUGAUAUUUAUGUAUUACAUAUAAUCUUGCUAUCCAGCAUUACGACAGAAUAGUAUCAUGUAAAUAAAACUGUACAGAGAGACAUUA